AUGCAAAAACUUAGGACAAGGGAAUAUGCCCAAGGUAAUAAAGCAGGGAACCUACUCGCAUCACGACUCAGACAACAACAGCAAGCAUCGAAAAUCCCCUUUCUAAUACAGUCAGAUGGCACAAAAAUAUACAAUCCCCAAUACAUAGCAGACGAAUUAGCUAAAUACUACUCGGGACUUUAUAAUCUAAAACACGAUGACACCAUUCACCAACCAACAAACACAGACAUAAGCGACUUUUUGACCUGGGUCCAACUCCCAACCCUCACCCCAGAACAACAACAAACACUACAAAAUCCCAUUACAGUAGAUGAAAUUAUCUACACCAUUAAUGCACAACCUACUGGGCAAUCACCUGGGCCAGAUGGACUCCCCAAUCAAUACUAUAAGGCCUACUAUAACACACUGGGCCCUCCCUUACUCAGAGCCUACCAAGAUAUGAUACAGACAUAA